AGCGCUUCCGAGCGAGCGGGGAGUAGAUUGGGGCUAUGGCACCUCGGCGCCUCCUGUUGGUUGGGGAGGGGAAUUUCUCCUUCGCUGCCGCAAUAAGCGAGACCCUGGAUCCCAGCACAAGUCUAACCGCCACCUGCCUCCAGCUCCCGGCCGACUUAGCCCGGGAUCCGGUGGCCUGGGAGAAUCUGCGUCGCCUGCGCCAGCGAGGUACCAAGAUACUUUUUGGUGUGGACUGUACUCAGCUCGCAGAUGCCUUUGAACUGCACGACAGGGAGUUCGAUCAAAUUUGUUUUAACUUUCCGCACUGUGGACGCAAAGCUGGGGUAGCUAGGAACAGGGAGCUGCUUUCCAAAUUUUUCCAGAGCUGUGCAGAUGUUCUUGCAGAAGAAGGAGAAGUACAUGUAGCAUUGUGUAGAGGACAAGGUGGGACUCCUGCUGAUAAUCCCACAAGAGAAUGGCACAACAGUUGGCAAGUGGUUGCCAUGGCAGCUCUGGGAGGAUUCAUUUUAAGUGAUGUGCAUUCCUUCUGCUGUGCGGCUGUGCCAGGGUACAAGUGCACUGGAUAUAGGAGUCAAAAUAAAUCCUUCCAUAUAGAAGGUGCUUUGAACCAUGUCUUCACCCGGAGCUUACCCUUUGAAGGCUUGCAACCAAGAAUCUUCAGGAUCAAACUGGGUGACCAGUGGUUUUCCUUUCCAGAACCAGAAGCACUUGUAGGAAAGUUGAAUAGGGGUUUCCUAGAAGCAUCUUCCCAUCAUCCUAUCAAAACCAUCAACGACAAACUGAUUACUGAAUUGGGCAAAGCUUUCCCUCUAAAAAGGCUGAAGUGUUCCUUCCCUUUGCUACCAGAGGAAGAAACCAGUGUUCUCACUUCCUGGAACUGUGACAUUCUAUCAGCCACCUUUUGGAUUAAUCUUGAAGAGAACUCAAAUUCUGAGUCGCUGACAGGUGGGACACCACAAGACAUGGAGGACUUUCUAGUGUCAUUUUCAGAACUUAGCCUUCCCAAGAGCCCUGGAAGAAAUGGUAAGGAAGAAGUUCGUGAAGGAAUCUGUGGCCGAGCCAAGAUGUGGCUUAGACCUUCUCUCUUAGUGCAUGGUCAGGCUGUCAUCCAAGCACCAGACUUCCUCCCAGGUUCUUUACACAUCCUUAGUGGACCUGUCUUUCAGAAGUGCCACAUCUCGCCUUUCACAAUGCCAGCAUUUCACGAGACUUUAUUUAUCCUUGGGUUUAAUCAAACUCUGAAGGAUGGCUGUCUUCAGUCACUACUGGACCACCUGAAGGGCAUUCUAGAUAGCCUUCUGACUCAGACAUUGCUGGAGGGCUCUAAACGGAGCAAUUUAGUGGAAUUCACCUUUCAACCAAAUCAGAAAGAUUAUGUGAUUGAUGUGAAGUCUCAUAAUUUUGGCCUAGAUUGUGCCAAGGAUCUGAUUAUUGGGUCCGUUACCACAUCUGUUCCAAGCAUUAUACACGAGGACCAGUGUUUUGUGUUUGUGUCAAUAAACUUGGACCUAUUAGCCAUGCUUGUCUGGGGCAUCUCUGACUGGAGGAUGUUGUGGACCUUUGAUAAACGAUUCCUGAAGAAUUUUGUCCCUGGAAAAAUAGAACCCUUUAAAAGCUAUUCUCUAUAUCCUCCAAGCUAUGUGCAUGAUAUUAGUUUUUGGUUAGAUGAGAAGAAAGGGUUUGAUGAACUAGAGUUUCACACUGUGGCCCGAGCAGUGUCCCAGGACACUGUCAUAUCCAUACAAUUCCUUAGUCGUUUUCAGCAUCCUGAGACUGAACAGGUCAGUCUCUGCUAUAGACUGACCUACAAGACCUGUGACAAGGCCCUUACUCAACAGCAGGUAGCAUCAAUGCAGUCCCAGUUUAGGAAAGAGAUUCAACAACGACUACAUGUAACACCUCGGUAGUGUAGUAAAUUCAUUUCUGCAAUGUGAUCUUCAUGGGUGUGGGAUAAAAAAUCUAUAACUGGGAGUCCUUUCUGGACUCCUUUUUUUUUUUUGGUAAAAUCUUUUACCUUGUGACUUUUGACUUUAAAGAUACCUGUGACUUGAUCACUUCAACUUACAGACUAUAAUGUGAUUGGUAACAUAUGGAGUUGUGCAAUGUUUUGAUCCUGAGAAAUGGCUAGGAAAACAAAAUAUCAUCAUGUACUAUAGAUGCUCUAUUGCUAAAGAGGCAAUAGAACUUGAGUAUCUUAUCAAAUACCUAUAUAUUAAUCUGUCCAGAAAAAGUCCAGCCAUUGUUACUAUAAUGAGAAUGGUUUGCAUGAUAUUGAUGUAAUCUG